CGGUGAAAGGUCCGCUGCACCUACCCAAGACAUCCCUCACUGAGACCCAGUUCACCUGAAGAGACCAACUCCCUUCUGUCACAUUGGUACUGUGUGGGGCGGUGGGGAAGGCCUAGUCCCCCACCUUGAUCAGGCCAGACACCCCACACAACCACCCAGCCAUGGACAAACAAGGAGCUGUGAGUGCACCAGCCAAGACCAGCGGGCUGAAACCGCCCAGUAAAAUAGUCCGUCCAUCAGUGGCGCCCACAAGGACGUCCCCAUCGUCUGGUGCUCCAAAGCCAGUUCCUCCUGAGAAGUCCCCUGGAGGUGUGACCUCCCCCACCCAGGAUGGAAACACAGACUUCCAGAUCGGUGAGAGGGUCUGGGUCAACGGCAACAAGCCUGGCUAUGUGCAGUUUGUUGGAGGCACGCAGUUUGCUCCCGGGCAGUGGGCCGGCAUCGUGCUGGACGAGCCCAUUGGAAAGAACGACGGGUCAGUGGCAGGAGUUCGCUACUUCCAGUGUGAGGACGGGCGAGGAAUAUUCACUCGGCCUUCAAAGCUAUCAAAGACUGCACUGCCAGACAAGGAGGCGAACGGAGGGCAGGCCAGCCCAGCACCAGCACCAGCACCAGCACCAGCAGCCCCUGUAACCAGCGAGUCUACACCUGCUGCCACGACCUCCACUGCUCAUGCCACCGGCAUAAAGAUGAACAGUGCGCUUAACCGAAUAGUGACACCCAGCGAGUCGGUGUCGAACCUCUCAGACCCAGAUUCCAUGAAGAAGAACAGAAGGGAGCUGAGGCUGGGAGACCGAGUCUUGGUUGGUGGAACCAAGGCUGGAGUGGUGCGGUUUCUUGGAGAGACAGACUUUGCCAAAGGAGAGUGGUGUGGAGUGGAACUCGAUGAACCUCUUGGGAAGAAUGAUGGAGCUGUAGCUGGGACCAGAUACUUCCAGUGCAUGCCCAGGUAUGGUCUGUUUGCUCCGGUGCACAAAGUGACACGAAUCGGCUUCCCCUGCACCACCCCGACCAAGGCGAAGAGCUCACGGAGGAGGUCUACUCUCAAGAGGAGCCCCAGCGCCUCCUCCAUCAGCUCCCUCAGCUCUGCCACCUCCUCCAUCAGCGGCAAACCAAGCAGAGCAGGACUGCUGACAGAGACAUCUGCUCGGUACGCCCGUAAGAUUUCGGGCACCACGGCGCUGCAGGAGGCUCUGAAGGAGAAGCAGCAACACAUCGAGCAGCUGUUGGCAGAGAGAGACCUGGAGAGGUGUGAGGUCGCUAAAGCAACCAGCCAUGCAGGAGAGGUGCAGCAGGAGCUUGUCCUGCUGAGAAAAGGCCGGGAUCAGUAUACGCAGGAGAUGGAGGCCAAGUUGGAUCAGCUGCGUUCACUGGUGGAAGCAGCAGAUCGAGACAAAGUGGAGCUGCUCAAUCAGCUGGAGGAGGAAAAAAGAAAAGUGGAGGAUCUGCAGUUUCGUGUCGAGGAGGCAUGCAUCACCAAAGGAGACCUCGAGACGCAGACCAGGCUGGAGCAUGCCCACAUAAAGGAGCUUGAGCAGAGCCUGCUCUUUGAAAAGACCAAAGCUGAAAAACUCCAGAGGGAUUUAGAGGACACUAGGGUGGCUACAGUGUCAGAGCGCUCCAGGAUCAUGGAACUGGAGAGGGAAGUGGCGGAUCUUCAGCUCAGGCUCCGGGCCUCCCAGCAAAAAGAGGAUGCUGCGUCUCUGUCGCAGCAGCAGAUCAGCAGCCUCAAGGCUCAGGUUCAGUCCCAGGAGAAAAAGAUCAGUGAGCUGAGUGUCGACCUGGAGAGUAAACAAAAAGAGCUUCAGUUUGUGCAGCAAGAUAAGACCUCUGUUGAACAGCAGCUGACCAGCCUGAGACAACAGCUUGAGACAGCUGAAGAGGAGAACAGGAGGACAGCAAAGACCAUGCAAGAGCUGGAGCAGAGCGUGGAGCGUUCAAAGAAAGAUUCCCAAACCCUGACAGAGGAGAGUCAGAGCAGAGAGAAAGAGCUGAGAGCCCAGCUGACACAGGCUACUGACAAGUCAGAGAGGACGGCGCUGUCGCUGGAGCAGCUCACCAAUGAGAAUAAGACACUGGAGACGCAGCUUGAGGCGUUGAAACAGCAAAACUCCAAAUACCAGGAGGAGCUCAGUCUGUCCAAGGAGCGAAGCAGCUCAGAAAACCAGCGUAUCGGCGUCCUCUGCAAGGAAAUUGAGGAGCUGAAGCUGGCCUCCCAGAAGUCUCAACAUCUUGACGAGCACAAUGACGACCGCAGCAGUCAACAGCCAGACAUGAAGACCCGAGAAACCAUCUCUAAUCAGGAAAUAGAGGGAGAUGUCAACUUCCAGAAAUCUACUGGCGCCUUAAUCUCCGACAAAGACCGGGAGCUGGAAACGCUGAGAAAUGAGAUUGCAGUGCUGCGAGGAGAAAAUGCCAUGGCCAAGACCCUGCAGUCGGCUGUAGAGACGCUGGAGAGAGACAAGGCUCAGCUGCAAAGCCGAGUUCACAGUCUAGAGGAAAGGCUAAUGGGAACACAGGCCUCAGAGGGAGAAGAUAGGGAAGCUCCACCCUCAGGUGAAGCAGCUCUGGAGCAGCUGAGGGAAGAGAAGGAGUUCGCUGAGGGACAGAUCAACUUCUUGAACAGUGUGAUUGUGGACCUGCAGCGGAAGAACGAGGAGCUGAAGAUCAAACUGAAGAAGCUCGCACUGACUGAGUUCAACGGCAACGACGGGACUGAUGGUUUUAACGAAGGCGUGUCGAAGCGUGAAAAGAAGGCGACCCCUCGUCUGUUCUGUGACAUCUGCGACUGCUUCGACCUCCACGACACUGAGGACUGUCCCACUCAGGCUCAGAGCCCCGACUCCGUACCUCACACCACCUACCACGGCAACCCGGCAGACGAGAGGCCCUACUGCGACAUCUGCGAGGCUUUCGGACACGCCACCGAGUCCUGCAACGAUGAUCAGACCUUCUAGAGGUGCCGAGCAUCUCAGUCCCUUCCUCUCCUCUUUCCUUCUCCCUUCAAACACCUUCUCCUCUCCCACUGCAUUCCCCGCAACCCAACAUUCCCAAACUAAAGCCCCUGCAGAUUUUCCAUAUUGUAUUUUUAUACUGUAUUUAUGAAUAACACUAGUAGCUACUGUCCUCAUCUAAAUCCUCUCCCUCAAAGACAAACUGUUCUGACUCUCGCAGAAUGCUCGUCCAAAUAUGCUGCUUUGGUGCAAUACUGAUGUUUAUAACAAAAAGGAAUCCGUCCUCUGCACUCGUCGUUUCUAACGUGUCGUUUUGUAUUUCAGUUUUGUUUCUUAAAUAGCUAUCGGUGACGUUCCACUUUUUUUUUUUAUGUUUUAUUUGUUGAUUGGCAGCAAAAUGAUGCAACAAAGCGAAGCACAGUUAAAGCUGAAGGGAAAACGAAGCACCUCUAUCAACCUCAACACUCCUUUGUUCUGCAUUACAUUCCUCAGUCUGUAAGGCUUUAAACCAAUCACAGAGUGAUACUGCCAAGUCAUGCAUUAGACUGAUGUUUUAUGUUUAGUAGUGUUUAAUAAAGCCUCUCUUCUAGUGCAUCAACUAACAGGAUUAAAAGGGCAACUACAAGGAAAAUAACAGUAAAGUCUUAAUUUCAUAAGACAAGGGCACGAUGUUAAAGAGAAAUGUUGCCACGUCUUCAGAACAAAGACUUUUUGGGAAUAUUUUUUAGCAAAACAAUAAAUAACUUGUAAUAUUUUGAGCAAAAAAAUGACAUUACAUACAUAUCGUCUUCAUACU